CUUUAUCAGUUUGAAUUGCACAAGUAAUUCUUCCUGUUGUGAUUAUAAGUUAUCUGGCUAAAUUAUACUUUCAUUUCUAUGAUUUUAUUGUAAGUUUGGAUUUUAUCAUGAUUGGCUGCUGUUUCUGCGUUGUUGUGAUUACUCUUGUGAAGUAAUAUAGACUGUAAUUUGAGUGAUAGCUUCCUGCUAAUUGGCGACAAACCAUUGUCUGCAGUUGAAAUUGCUUCCUGCUAAUUCACAAGAAAUCAUUUGUUUGCAGUUGAAAGAUUAAAUGUGGAACAUUUUAUUGUUUUAUUGGUUCCCCGGAAAAAAAUUGUGAGAAGAAACUCAAGUCUUAAAUUUUUUUCCUUUUAAUUUACUAACUGCAUCAUAUUAUAUGCACAUGUUUUGAACAUUUAAUGGAACCUAAGGUAGCCCGUUGAUGCUCUUAGAUGAUGUUGUGAGACUUGGAGUGACUAUUGUUCUCUUUAAAAAAGAUUGUAAACAAUGGCAUGAGGUGUGUGUUUAUAUAAUUGUGUGAGGUUCUGUUUGAUAGUAUAGGUAUUGUGAGGCUGUUUUGUUGAUAUUGGAAAGGUUUGCGAAGGAGUUAAAUUUGGCCCCAUUGCAUCAUCACUGGUGAAGCCCUGCAAUUGUAUUAGAUAUUUGCAACUGUGGUAUGGUCUUCAAACAUCAUAUUUUAAAGUGGCUACAUGUUCCACUGAAUUCUGGUCCUAGAAGGGAGGAAUUUUGGAGAGUAUUCUACACUUUUAGUGUUUUUGUGGUUGACUUGAGCAUGCAUCCUUGUGGUUGAAGCCUGAUAUUUCACCAUUGUACAGAGCAAGGGAAACAUGUUUUAAGUCUCAAAAGUUCAGAAAGAAACAUUUACGUGAUGGAACAUCUUCCUUUUCUUCUUUUUUUCCAGGGAUGAUGGGGGUAUUUAGUAGUGGCACAGAAGCAAAUAACAUUCAUCCUUCUCGAGUUUCAGACUUUGCCACAUUUGAGCAAUCUCUUGGGUUUCGCAUAGAUGAUGCCGUUGAUCUUAGCAGAAAUUCUAUGUUUAAUCAAUUAAAAUCUAGCAGCCAGGCAAUAGGUGCUGAUGUCCAGUUUGGCACUUUAAAUAAGUCCCUUGCAUCCUCAGAUAUAAAUCUAUCAGCUGCCAUUGUGGGGUCCCAGACAUUACCAUUGCAAAAAGAAGUGCAAGUAAAUCCAGUUUCUACACACAGCAACCAUCCUGAGAAUUGGGGAGAGACCAAUAUGGCAGAAGCCAGUCCUAGAACUGAUACCUCAACAGAUGACACAGAUGAAAAAAAUCAAAGGUUUGAGAGAGGACAAUUAGCUGCAAUAGCAGGAUCCGAUUCCAGUGACAAGUCAAAGGAAAAAGCAGGGGAUCAGAAGACUUUAAGAAGGCUUGCUCAAAAUCGUGAAGCUGCCAGAAAAAGCCGAUUAAGGAAAAAAGCAUAUGUACAACAACUGGAGAGCAGCCGGCUGAAGCUGACUCAAUUGGAGCAAGAGCUCCAGAAAGCCCGGCAACAGGGAAUUUUCAUUUCAAGCUCAGGAGACCAAACCCAUUCAAUGAGUGGAAAUGGUGCCUUGGCAUUUGAUGCAGAGUAUGCAAGGUGGCUAGAAGAACAUAACAGGCAAAUAAGUGAGCUGAGGGCUGCAGUCAAUUCGCAUGCAGGAGAUGCUGAACUUCGUACUAUUGUCGACAAUGUUGCUUCACACUUCAGUGAUGUUUUCAGGCUGAAAGGCACUGCUGCAAAAGCUGAUGUUUUCCACAUCCUAUCAGGGAUGUGGAAGACACCAGCAGAGCGUUGUUUCAUGUGGAUAGGUGGCUUUCGCUCAUCUGAACUCCUCAAGCUUCUUGAGAAUCAACUGGAGCCUCUGACUGAGCAACAGCUAAUGGGCAUUUACAACUUGCAACAAUCUUCUCAGCAGGCAGAAGAUGCUCUCUCACAAGGGAUGGAAGCGCUGCAGCAAUCACUGGCAGAAACCUUGGCUAAUGGCAACCCUGGCUCAUCAGGUUCAUCUGGGAAUGUGGCAAACUAUAUGGGUCAAAUGGCCAUGGCCAUGGGAAAGCUAGGAACUCUAGAGGGAUUCCUUCGUGAGGCUGAUAAUCUGAGGCAGCAAACACUAGAACAAAUGCACCGUAUAUUGACAACUCGGCAAUCAGCCCGUGCACUUCUAGCUAUACAUGACUAUUUCUCAAGGCUACGAGCCCUUAGUUCUCUCUGGUUGGCGCGGCCACAGGAAUGAGUAGCAGCAUGUUGCCCCCCAACAAAAUUAACUUGAAUAUCUACCACUUCACCACCCUCCUACUUGGCCUUCAGUUCUCAUCAUGCCAUUGGGUGGACUGCUGCUGGUGGUCUUAGUCAUGCUCAUUGGUGGUAAUUGUGGUGCGGUGGUUAGGUCGUAAUUGGUGUAAUUAUUGGUUUCAUGUGCACAGUUGUAACGCCAGAUUUGCUCACACAGAUGUAUGCUUAUCUUCUUGCUGUAAAACAAAUAGCGGCCAUAGUUGGUGUAAUUAUAGGUUUCAUGUGCAGUUGUAACGCCAGGUUUGCUCACACAGAUGUAUGCUUGUCUUCUUGUUAUAAAACAUCUAGUGGCAAUAAUUCGAUAAUGUUUGGUGUUUAUUAGAACUGAUGAUGGGAAAUAGGAGUGUCAUAUGUAACAUAGGUUACAGUUCUCAAUUUGUUUUCCAGAAAUCAAAUUAAAUUAGAAUUAUAGUUUCUUUCUGA